UGCACCAUGAACUUGUGGCUCCUGGCCUGCCUAGUGACCUGCUUCGUAGGUACCUGGCCCCCCACUGUCCAAGCUCAAGGCAUCUUUGAGGACUGCUGCCUGGCUUACCACCCCCGCAUUAGACUGACUGUGCUUCGGCAUGCCCUGAGUUACAUGUACCAGGAUGUGAGUGGGAGCUGUAACCUGCCCGCCGUGAUAUUCUACUUCCGUCACAGACAGACGAUGGUGUGCGGGAACCCACAGGCCAAGUGGGUACAAAAUGGGAUGAAGCUUCUGGAUACUUUGACCAAGGCCCUUCCAAAGCGUGGCCGAGGCACCCGGAGAACCUUCCAAGGCUCUCACAUUCUGGGGGAAGAGUUGAGCUCUGGAACCUCCAGCCUUCCACGAUCCACAUUUAGAGGUCACCCCAGAAGUAGCGAGAAGAAUGCUUCCCUCCCAACAACAGCUACUCCAGACUCCAGUCCUCUAACUAACCCCAACCCUGCCAUCGGAGAUUACUUCCCAACGUUGGCUUAUAUGAGGUCCAAUUUACACUCAGAGGAAACCAAAGCUUAUCGCUCUGGCCAGGUGGAACAGUAUAUCCUGGAUCCACCACCCAAACCUAAACAGCCGCUCCAAAAGAAGAACGACUCUCGGAAAGACCACAGCCCCGACCAAUCAAGGAAGACCGCGACUCCUCGGCAGAGCAACCACCCACCCUAG